UUCCGCAGCGGCGCCGGCGCGGCCCCAGCGCGGCCGCCGCCCCUGAGCCAUGUUGCGCGGCCUGGGCAGCUGGCUGGGGCUGGAGCGGGCGGGUGAGGAGCAGCUGCUGCCCGCCGGCAAGAGCAGCGGCCCCGCGGAGCGGGAGCAGGACCAGGAGGAGGAGGAGGAGGCAGGGUCGGCCGGACAGGAGCAGGGCGAGCUGCAGGGGGACUCGGAGGCGCUGCUCAGCCGGGCCAAGGGGUUCGGCAGUUACCUCUUCAAUUUUGCCUCUGCUGCUACAAAAAAGAUAUCUGAGUCUGUUGCUGAAACAGCACAGACUAUAAAGAAGUCUGUAGAAGAAGGAAAAAUUGACAGUAUCAUCGAUAAGACAAUUAUUGGAGACUUUCAGAAGGAACAGAAGAAAUUUGUCCAAGAGCAGCAAAACAAAAAAUCAGAAGCAGCAGUGCCUCCCUGGGUAGACAGCAAUGAAGAAGAGACAAUUCAACAACAAAUACUGGCCUUAUCAGCAGAUAAACGGAAUUUUCUGCGGGAUCCUCCAGCAGGUGUGCAGUUUAAUUUUGACUUUGAUCAAAUGUACCCUGUUGCACUGGUGAUGUUACAGGAAGAUGAGCUUCUUAAUAGGAUGAGGUUUGACCUUGUUCCCAAACAUGUAAAGGAGGAAGUGUUCUGGAGAAAUUACUUCUACAGGGUGUCCCUAAUUAAACAGUCUGCACAACUCACCGCGCUUGCAGCUCAACAGCAAGCAGCAGGAAAGGAAGAGAGCAAAAGCAGAGAAGAGGAUGGUGAACUGAAAGAAACAGUACGGCCAAAAACACCACCUGUUACAAUAAAGCCUCAAAUAAAGUCACAAGAGGAUGAGGAAGAGAUUUCCACAAGUCCAGGUGUAUCAGAAUUUGUGAGUGAUGCUUUUGAUACCUGUAAUCUGAAUCAGGAAGAUCUAAGAAAAGAAAUGGAACAACUAGUGCUAGACAAAAAGAAAGAAGAGACUUCAGUAGUAGAAGAAGAAACUGCUGAUUGGGAAAAGGAAUUACAGCAAGAGCUUCAAGAGUAUGAGGUGGUGACAGAAUCAGAAAAGCGUGAUGAAAACUGGGAUAAAGAAAUAGAAGAAAUGCUGCAAGAAGAAAAUUAAGCAUUUUCACAAAAUCACUAUAACCCAAAGCUCUUUUGGAGGACUGACAUGGAUAUAUGCUUUCAUAUCUUGCUUACAAAAAUAUCUUCAGAAGACAGAAAAUAAUCCUAAAGUUGUUAUAAUUCCAUAUGGGAAUACAACCAGUAUUUCUGUUCUUUAUAUGAGCAGUUUCUGAACUUCUAUAUUCUUCAAAAGAAAAAAAGAGGACGUAGAUACUGCAGGUUAUAAUUAAAAGAGAUAACAUUAAUACAUGAAGCAGUGGUUCAGUUUGAGGCAUUUUUAGGUGAUCAAGAAGCCCUUCAAAGAGAUUUCUAAAUCUUAAUAAUCGCUUCUUUUUUUCCCUCUUCCCAGCCUUCUGUUUGGGAUGUUGUAAGUAACUUAGUCCUUGACAACAAUUCUCUCUUGACAUUUGCACUCUGAUCCCUGUAUAAUCUGUAAAUGUGUACUAUUUUUAAGGUACUUGUAGUUGGUAGAUUUCACAUGUAUUUAACUUCUUUGAUGUAUGUAGCCAAAGAAUUUAUAGAAAACCCUAUUGAAUAACUUUAAAGGAUUUGGUAAAACGUACUAAUGCAGACUCCAAAAGAAGCUGAUUAUUUAUCAGUCAAGCAGCAAACAUUUAAGCAUUUAAGUUAGGGUAGAAUUAGCAACUGGUUGAAUUAAAUUUGGGGUUGUUAAUCAUAUUGAGAUACUGCCUUUCCCCACAGAGAGAAAUGGUUUAAUGCAUUCUUUCUGCAGAAGGCUGUUAUGUUUCCAUGUAAUUUUACUGUAUAAGCUGAGAGCAAAUUAAAUACUACUUCUUAUUUUAAGUGCUGAAACAUUUAUGUAAAAACUUCCACUGGUUUGGACAUCUUUAUUAAAUACUGUAAAUAUGUAUAAAA